UUGUCUCAUUCGAGUGUGUCCAGGAAAAAGUGUAGUUAAAGUGUAUUGGUCAGCUUAAUUUCUUGAAGCCAUUGGAUAUAUCAAAUAAUUGCAAUAGUUGAGGUAAGGCUGUAGAAAGUUUUGGGUGGAGAGAAUCCGAUUCCCACAAUGACAUGAGCAUAUUUCCCCUACAAAAUUGUCGAACUAUUCUCUUCUCCCCUGCACCCUCUUUAUUCCUCUCCUCUGUUUACUUUUGUUUUACCUUUCCUUUCACUACCAUCUUGCUCGACGGAAUGAAUGAUCACAGGGAGAUUCCUGUUACUGUUAGAACAACUAGUGGCACUGGCCUGCGCGGCUAUGACACCAACACCAACAACAACCCUUAUGUCUAUAUUUCCCCUGUUCCCCCUUCCUCUGCAGCUACCAACCGUCCUAAUCCAAUAUGUGAAGCACUCACUCACUGUAGCAGGAAGGUUGAAGAAGCAACUAAACAAGCUGAGCUCAUGGUUGAUAAUUUAUGGAAUCACCUGAGAGUUAGUACUAGUCCAGCUGAUGCUGCAAUGGCUAGACUUGUUCAAGGAACAAAGUUACUUGCAAAGGGAGGUAGUGAUAAGCUAUUUCAACAAACAUUCGGAGUUUUUCGAGGAGAGAAGCUCUUAAAGUCAUAUGUCUGCUACAUAUCAACAGCCUCUGGACCUGUAAUUGGAACACUUUACAUAACGACUCAAAGAGUAGCCUUUUGCAGCGACUAUCCACUCUGUCAUCAUCCAUUCUACCACAACCAUCAAUGCUUGUACUAUAAGGUGGUAGUGCAGCUGGAUCAGUUGAGGACAGUGAGUCCUUACACAAAUAGUUUGAACCCGAAAGAAAAAAGCGUUCAGGUCUUGACAGUGGAUGGUUAUGAGUUCUUAUUUAUGGGGUUUAUGUCAUAUGACAAGGCUCUCAAGACUCUCAAUGAAGCUCUACAGCAAUAUGGCAACCAUUCCAGAGCAAACGCAAUUGUUCAGUAGUUGUGGCAGUAUUAGACCAAAAAAUGUGCUCAGGCACACCCUUCUAUAUACAUGCAGCCAGUUCUUAACCCUUAAACACAGGGAAACACAGAUAAAUAAAAGAAUGUACGUUAUGCUCUUUCACCUUUUUCUUCAAGAUAAUAUGAAUAAUGUCUAUAACUUUAUUCUAA